AUGGGCGCUGUGACAGUGACUGGUGUUCGCGAUGACUUGUUCCUGCGAGCAGUCGAACCACUUUUGAGCUCAUACGACCCAUAUGUCUCUGAAGCUACUUUGAAGGAGCUCGGAAUCACUUUGAAACAUCUGGACCUGGAGACGGGCGACAUUGAUCAUGUCAAGGGCUCAGCCAGGAUGGUGCCAAUGUCCGCCGACAUUGUCCGGCAGACACCGGGCGGCGACGGUUUGAGAGAACCUCUAGAGGGAAAAAACACUGAUGUCCGCUCUCGUGCUGGAUUCGAUUGGGUAAAUGAAAUGCGAAAUGAUGCCGACGCGCGUUUUUUUCAGGCCUUUUUCAUCCACAACCUCGUCGACUCCUACGAGUGCCUGUGGAAGUUCCCGGCCAAAGCCCAAUGGCGAUUCAGCCGUCACGAAACGGACUAUUUAUACAACCUCGACCAAGAAGGGCGAGUUUGCUACCAGAUCCAGACCGUCUCCGAGCCUGUCGGAAAGGACGGCAAGCUUGAUCCAAGCAGACCUUGCAUCGUGGCCUACCAGCUUGACAACAGCUGGCUCCAGGACGGCCGGCUACUUUUGAGCGAGCUCAACGCCCUGAUUGUGCUUGCUUCGAAAUAUGACAUGGACCCGGCAUAUGCCAAAUAUGAUGAGCUCGUCAUUACCGUCAUCACUGGAUGCGACCGGCAGGUACGAGUUGCUCAGAGCCGAGUGAAUCUGGCCAAACAGACGUUUGAUGUGUGCCUCUCGAGAAUAUUGGACUUUGAAGAAUCAGUCAAGGGGAAGUGGGAUGAUUGGACCACGUUGCUGGGAUGGCUCGCAUGCUCGGUGACGCCGCCGGCUCAAUGGACCUAG